AUGCUUCACCACACAUCGUCAACAUAUAAAAUGACAUGUAGUAAUUACGACUCAAUUAAUUUUGGUGUUUUUCUUAUUCCAAAGGUUUACGACGCUCUUGAAUUCUGGAUUUAUCCAUCUACAAAGUCGUAUUAUAUGACGCAAACAUCUUCUUCCUCUAAAGACUAUUAUUUAAUUAUUCUCGAUUCUGAACAAUUUGAGUUCACAUCAGUAUCAACGGAUGGUAAUGACAUUUAUGCUUCAGAUAGUGGUGGAAAACCAGACAUACAAGUGAUUUCUAAUAGAAUUUAUAGUUGGAAAUGUGCUACAAUACAUUAUCAUCAAGAUAGUUAUACAGCUUCCACACAUUAUCAAGUGACCGCAAGUUAUUCUAGUACUAGGUCCAACUAUCAAUAUUACGACAAUUCUCAUAAUAUAUUUAUAUUUUCAACAGGAAUAUCUAUUUCGGAGUUUCCAUCCCCACGUAGUAGUGGAAGCUCAUCCUCUAGUUCAUACAGUUAUCCAUCAUAUGGAUAUAAUUCAAUAACAAUUUCUUCGUCGACUGAAUACUCAAUUCCAGAGAAAACAUUAAUUGUUUUCACCAAAUCCGAUUCUAUUACAGGCAAUGCAGAGGUUGAAUCGGAAUCUCUUAGUAUUCUUGGUUCAACAGGUAUCAAAGCUAUUGCAUUUUUAGAGGAAGGAACACUUACAUUAUCAUCAUCAAGUAGUUCUAAAACAUGUGAUUUUGUUGUUUACAAAUAUGCAGAUGCAUAUUCAGGAUGUAGUUAUGUAACAAUACUUUCUGGUAAAGUUAAAUACAAACUAGAACCAGAUUCAAACUAUGAAUAUUGUGUUGUAUCAGCUUUUUCAAAUGGAAAGGUUAAAAUUAUUUCUACUAAUGUACUUCAUGUGUCUAAUGAUCCAGAAGGUGUAUCAGAAUACGAAGUGACAACUUCAAACGAAAAUGCAACUAAUCCUAUUAUAACAUACAUGAUAGGCGAGGAAUCAAAAUAUAACCAGAUGGAGAUUGAUGUAAGCGGAUCUUCAGAUGAUGACCAAUUUGCUAUUGAUGGAUCGAAUUCAAAAUACGAUUUUUACACUAUUUCAUCUUCAUCAAGCACUCAAGUGAAUACAUAUAAAUCAAUUGGAAAAGCAAGUUUUGGAGGCCUUGAACCAUGGGCAAUUGCAUUAAUUGUUAUUAUUGUUAUAAUUGUUGUUAUUGUCAUUUUAUGCAUUGUUUGUUGCGUCUGUUGCUGCCACAAAUCAUGUUGCUGCUGUUUUGCAAAUUGCUGCUCAUCAUCUUCAAGAGUAUCAGCAACAAACGAACAUAACGAAACACGUCCUGAUGAUAGAAUUUCAACAUCCAACAACAACCAAACACGACCUACUCAAACUGUAUCACCAUCAAACAAUAAUUCAGGAUAUCCUGGCCAAGUUGCACCUCCAUCAAGCAACAGUAACCAAGUACGUCCUGCUCAAACUGUUUCACCAUCAAACAACAAUAACCCAGGAUACCCUGGCCAAGUUUCAUCUUCAACAAAGAUCAAUAACCAAGUAUCAACAUCAGGCAACAAUCAACAAACUACAAUCCAAGUCAAUGUCGUUAAUACACAAUAUUAUACUCCUCAACCACAACCACAACAACAGCCACAACAGCAACAAACUCAGCCUAAUUAUAUUCCACCUACACCACAAACACCUGUUUACGUCGCUCCACCACAACAGCCUUACUAUGGAGCAUCUCCACAACAACCUGUUUAUGUAGUACCUCAACCAGUUUACGGAGCACCUCCACAACAACCUGUUUACGGAGCUCCUCCGCCUGUUUAUGGAGCACUUCCGCAGCAGCCCCAAGCUUAUAUAGCUCCAGCACCGGUUCCUUCAUAUAACGCUCCAGAAAACAAAGAUAACUAUUAUAACCCAUACAACCAAUAG